UCUAUCGUGUGUGCCUCCCACCACACACUCUGAACCAAAUCUAUUUUUCCCUCCCAUUUUAUUUCUCAAAAAUAUUAUCCAAAAAAUACAGCUACUUGUUUGUUUUAAUGGAGUCUCAAUUAUGUAAAGGGCAGAUGAUAGAUCUAUAUUGAAUAAUUAUUACACACUCUGUUUAGUCCUUUUUAUUCAAGUACAGGGUGACCAUAAUCUAUUUUUCUUGUCUAUAUUCAAGAUAUAAAUUUUAACCCUGUAAGAAUAUUCUUUUUUUUUUCUUCCCACCUUUUUCUUGAUUGGUAAUAAAUGAGGUAAAGGGCCCUUUAAAUAAUAGUUGAGAUAUGGUGGAUCUUGACCCGGAGCUGAAGGCACCAUCUUCAAAUAUGUCUGACAAGAAGAAAGAGCUCCUUUCUACUGCCAUGAAGAGAACUAGCGAAUGGAUCUUCUCUCAGGAAAUCCCUAGUGAUGUAACUGUUAAUGCUGGAGGUACUUCAUUUUCUUUGCACAAGUUUCCGUUAGUUUCGAAAUGUGGAUACAUUCGGAAGUUAGUCACGGAAUCCACCGACGCGGAUCUCGCCGUAGUCGAAAUCCCCGACUUCCCCGGUGGGCCAGAGGGGUUCGAGCUGGCGGCAAAUUUCUGUUACGGAAUAAACUUUGAAAUAACCACCGAGAACAUAGCGACCCUCCGGUGUGCCGCCGAGUAUCUUGAAAUGACGGAGGAAUAUUCCGUUGGGAAUCUAGUAGGAAGAACCGAGUCCUACGUAAACGAGGUGGCGUUAAAGAGCCUCGCUGGAGCGGUAUCAAUCCUGCACUCCGCCGAGAAUCUUCUUCCCAUUGCAGAGAAAGUAAAAUUGGUGAGCCGUUGCAUCGAUGCGAUAGCACUCGUCGCGUGCAAAGACAGCCAAUUUGCCGCGCCGGUGCGGGCCGGUGGGACCGGCCUGAAUGACUCGAAGCCCGUAGUUGAUUGGUGGGCCGAAGAUUUGACCGUUUUACGAAUUGAUCUCUUUCAAAGGGUGUUGAUUGCAAUGAUGGCUAGAGGGUUCAAGCAAUAUGCUCUUGGUCCGAUACUAAUGCUCUAUGCGCAAAAGUCUCUUCGAGGUUUGGACGCGUUUGGGAAAGGGAGGAAGAAGAUCGAUCCAAGACAAGAGCACGAGAAAAGGGUAGUUUUGGAAACGAUAGUUAGCCUUCUUCCGAGAGAGAAGAACACAAUGUCAGUUAGUUUCCUGUCGAUGCUUCUCAGGGCCGCGAUAUACCUAGAGACGACGGUUGCCUGCAGGCUCGAUCUGGAGAGGAGGAUGGCCCUGCAGUUAGGGCAGGCCGUGCUCGACGAUCUGUUAAUUCCUUCUUAUUCGUACACCGGCUAGACGCUCCUCGAUUUCGAGAAUGGGCAAAAUAUGACUAACUUUUUGGAUUUUGAAGUGGAUGGGGUACAUGCAGAUGACCAGGACCACGUUUCUCCUUCUGCGAUUGAGGUAGAAAAAGUGGCCAAAUUAAUGGAGAAUUUCAUCGCAGAAAUCGCUUCGGAUCGGAACCUGUCAGUUUCCAAGUUCAUCAGUAUUGCUGAGCUCACGCCUGAGCAGUACAGAAUGACUGAAGAUGGAAUGUAUAGAGCGAUUGAUAUUUAUUUGAAGGCUCAUCCAGCAUUGAGCGACAUGGAGAGAAAGAAGGUAUGCAGUGUGAUGGACUGUCAGAAGCUGUCCCGCGAGGCAUGCGCCCACGCAGCUCAAAACGACAGGCUGCCUGUUCAGACGGUGGUCCAAGUACUCUACUACGAGCAGCAGCGGCUCAGGGAAGCCGUGGACGGAAGCAGCAGCCUCAACGACACCUCUGCUAUUCCGGCCAAACCGGGGCCCUACUCGGGCGACGUUCACAUUGUAACCGACGAGGUCUCGUCUCUACGGAAGGAAAACCAGGACCUGAAACUCGAGCUCGUGAAGAUGAAAAUGAGGCUCAAUGAAAUUGAAAAGCCGUCGCCCACUGCUUUCGGUAGCCCCUCACCGGCCACGACAGUGUCUCGGCCGGGGUCCGCCGAUAAACCUCCUCUGCCUCCUCUUCCGAAGAAAUCAUUCAUAAGCUCCGUGUCGAAGAAACUCGGGAGGUUUAUUAGGGCCGAUGGUUUAUCGGCUCAAGGUUCCCGAGGUAGAACUAAACCGGCCAAAGAUAGGCGGCACUCGAUAUCAUGAUAAAUUGUAUUUUUUUUUUUUUUUGUGUUAGUACUGAUGCAGAAAUGUGGGAUGUUUGUUACAUAUUGCAUUGUAUGUUGAGGUAGGGAAGAGGACCUGAAUUUUGAAUUUUGGUGUCUUUUCUCUGCUUGUGUGUGUGUGUUGUGUGUGUAAAUAAAUCAUAGUGCAAGUGCAUAUGUAUUUGUUUGGUCAAUCAUGAAAUUGAGAUUUGAGAUUCGACUGCUUG